UCCGGUAUGGAAAGAGAAGAAAUGGAGUUUGGAAUUAAGGAUUAGAAAUUGAGAAGGAAAAGCAUAAUAGUAAACAUCGGUUUGAUUACAGAGAGAGAGAGGAUGGAGCGGUGUGGUGGAGGAGGAAUACACGAAUCAGAGAGCGACGAGGCCUCUUGACUCUCGUUCUUGGAUCUCAUUCAAACCCUAAUCUAAUAAUCCCAAUUAGGGUUAGUUUCGAUCGAGCGAGACUGCGUGUCUCUCUCUCAGGCCAUGCGACCACCCUGUUCCUGCCCCAUCGCCCUCCCCAGAGAGGUCUUCCUUUUCACUUUCGCCACUUUCUCUCUUCAUUUCUUCAGCCAUGUCCGCCGACACCCACUCCGCUCCUAAUAUCAACCCCAGGGGCCUUCUCUGCAAUGCCGCCGCCGGUGCUUCCGCCGGGGUUAUUGCUGCUACGUUCGUUUGUCCUUUAGAUGUCAUCAAAACUAGGUUUCAGGUUCAUGGUGUCCCGCAGCUCGCGAAUGGAACUGUUAAAGGCAGCCUGAUAGUUUCUAGUUUGGAACAAAUAUUUCACAAGGAGGGCUUACGUGGCAUGUACCGAGGGCUCGCGCCCACUGUGCUGGCUUUACUUCCGAACUGGGCGGUUUAUUUUACUGCAUAUGAGCAUCUUAAGAGCCUUCUUUCUUCUGAUGAUGAAAGCCGUCAUCUUUCAAUUGGAGCUAAUAUGGUAGCUGCUUCUGGUGCCGGAGCUGCCACUACCAUGUUUACAAAUCCCCUUUGGGUUGUCAAGACUAGACUUCAGACGCAGGGAAUGAGACCUGGUGUUGUGCCAUAUAGAAGCACACUGUCUGCAUUGAGGAGAAUUGCUCAUGAGGAGGGCAUUCGGGGGCUGUACAGUGGCCUUGUACCUGCUCUGGCUGGUGUCAGUCAUGUUGCCAUCCAAUUUCCCACAUACGAGACAAUAAAAUUUUAUUUGGCAAAUAAAGAUAACACAACAAUGGAUAAACUUGGUGCACGUGAUGUUGCAAUUGCUUCAUCAGUUUCCAAAAUUUUUGCAUCAACUUUGACAUAUCCUCAUGAGGUUGUACGUUCCAGACUGCAAGAACAAGGGCAUCACUCAGAGAAACGGUACACUGGUGUGAUUGACUGUGUUAGAAAGGUUUUUCAACAAGAAGGUGUACAAGGUUUUUACCGAGGUUGUGCCACCAACCUUCUGAGGACAACACCAGCUGCCGUAAUCACAUUUACCAGCUUUGAAAUGAUACACCGUUUUCUUGUUUCAGUUUUUCCUUCUGAUCCACAGAAUCAUAUUUUGUGACGAUUGAUCUUCUGUAGCACAGUUAGAUUCCAAAACAUAGCUAGUCCAGCUGAGUAAUCCUUCUUUUGGCGAUGCAUAUAUCAUUCUUUGUGAUUUUUAGUUGAUUAUGUAUGGUAGAGUCCCACAUAUUUCAACCACAAUUGAGUCCGGUUUCCCUCGUCAAACUUGUGCAAAGUCAUUGUUGCAAUAGGGAGACAUGGAUAAUUAUAUAUUUGAGUGAUAACGACGAUAAAGAUGAAGUGGUAGAUGUCAUCCUGCUGCUUAUUUCAUUUGGAUACUUGGGAAUAAUAAUCAUAUCUUGUAGAACA